UCUGUUGUUUUGAGCUGUGGUCGUUUGGAAUCCAACGACUUAAGUCGACGACUAUAUAGUUUCUAUUACGUUCAAAGAUUAACACAGGUAGAGAAAUAAAAUUAAAAAAAAAAAAUAUGUUCACAUUUUCGCCUGUACGUUCUACUACAUUGGCUCAUCGUGGAGAACCGUAGUAGUAAACAUUCGGUCUCGGACCACACCUUCUAAUGGUAGAUUAACAGACAGACCAACUCGCAGUAAAACAGUUUGUGUGGGCGUUACAAAUGACAUCUUACAAUGUGUGGGCAUGCAAGAUCACUGUAGUGUAGGAUGAUCGUCAUACAUUGUCACAUAAAAAUUCUGCUAUCGAUUGGCAAUAUUUUGUUAACUACAACUUGAUAAAGCCGUCGUUCGAUGUCUGGCGAUACAAUGACCGAAAAAGAAGUCAGUGGUUUAUUGGUGACCGAAUGGUCGGAAUUCAUCAAAGAUCAGCUGUAUUUCGCUACAUUGUCGGUUGGCGUACAAAAUAAAUCACCGCUGCAACCGUCGGUUCCGUGGAAAAACGAACACAAUUUAGUCUAUCUGAACAUUGACGAUACAUUAGUCUAUGAAAAUUUUUACAAUGAUUUCGGACCUUUGAACUUGGCUAUGGUUUAUCGUUAUUUUACUAUUGUUCGUCAAAAAUUAAAUCAACAAAAAAAAGUAAUACAUUGCACCAGCGGAUUUGACCCUAAGAAAAGAGCAAACGCGGCAGUUUUGAUUUGCGCUUACAUGAUUAUUGAACAUGACUGGACAGCUCGCCAAGCAUAUACAACUCUGUCGCAUAACUCAUUGUUACGAUACAUGCAAUUUAGAGAUGCGUCUCUAUUGAAAGACACAGAAUUUAUUAUUACAGUGGAAGAUUGCGUUAACGCGCUGUACAAAGCAAAGUGGUACGGAUUUUUUGACUUUGACGAUUUCGAUUUGGACGAAUACGAGAAAUUAGAGACUGUCAAGGACGGCGAUAUCAAUUGGAUCGUGCCUGGUACACUGUUGGCCUUUUCGUCUCCGCAUUCUAGAGAGUAUAUUGACAAAUCUGGAUACCACAUACAUUCUCCGGCUUAUUAUUUUCAGUACUUCUUGGACAACAACGUCAAACACGUGGUCAGAUUAAACAAUAAAAGAACGUACGACGCUAAAAGCACUUUUGUAGCGGCCGGCAACAUCGAUCAUACGGACAUGUUUUUCCCUGACGGCACUCCACCUUCGGACGCUAUUCUUUCACAAUUUCUGAACCUUUGUGAGGAAUUUUUAGACGAUUUUCCUAAUGAAGAAUGUACGCCCGAAAAAACGGACCCACAAGAUAUCGAUAGCCAAUUUUCAACAUCAAACAGUUCAGUAGAAAAUGGAAUAUGCAGAGCCACUAAGGGAGCCGUAGCCGUCCACUGUAAAGCCGGAUUGGGAAGGACAGGCUGCUUGAUAGCUUCUUAUAUCGUGAAACACUGGUCAUUUACGGCCGAAGAAGCUAUAGCGUGGAUACGAAUAUGUCGUCCGGGCUCCAUAAUUGGUGCACAACAAGAAUGGCUGGUCAAAAAACAAAAUUACCUAAGAGAGGCGGGUGAACUGUGGCGGCAGAGAAUAAAAGAUUCAGUCGGUAAAUACAAACGGUUCGCCAACGGAGUAAACAGCCUCGAAAGACACACCUCCGCUUCCAAUUUUUAUACGUUUGUAGAUGCCCCUGCUCCGUCUGCAUUGAGUUCCGGUAGCGACGAACCUAAUCAAAUAGAUUGCGUUAACAACACAUUAGAAUGUACUCAAACUGAUAAGAUCAGUCAAUGCCAAAGUUUGUCGACAGUCAAGAAAAAAAUGAAGAUAAGCGACGUCCAGAGCGACUCGAAUCAACGUCAAGCUACGAUAUUCAUAAAAAAUGACAAUUCCAAGCGGAAAAUCACCACUCCUACGAAGCUCGCUCGGUGCGCUUCGAUUGCCGGUGUCGUCACCGGUAAAAACAAAGUGUCUUCCUCGAUCACGAUGACGAUAGCCAAAAGUAGUAAUUCAAAAUCUUCCAGCGUCGCGAAGAAUGAGGCUAAGGCCAAUAAUCGUUUGUCCAGGACGUCAACUGCUGUAGCAAAGCCGACAACGGUCUUGAACGAUGAUGCGAAACCUUCAUAUGCACUAGACACCGUCGCAUCAACAGCUCGCAUGUCACGACGGUUGCGCCACCAGACCGGCGUCGCCAAAUAGGUCUUUGGAAUUUUUUAAACUGUUUUUUAAACUUUUUUAAUACCCAAAAAUUGUUUCCGCGUUUCGUACGGUUCGACAGACCUCUUCUUCGACCUUACGAAAACUCCUCGUAAUAUUAGUAGUUUGUCGUUUUUUAUCAUUAUUACUUCACCGUGCGUUUACUAAUCACCGUGCUGCUAACAUAAUUUUUUAUCUUUAAUACUUUUUAUAUUGUUUUCAAAUAAUAUUUCCUUUUUUUAUUUAACUAUUAUUUUUAAGGCUACCACUGUGUACAUAGAUUGUUUUUUUCCUGUCUUGUUAAUUGUGUGUUUUUAUUAUUGAUUGAUGUAUGUAUGUUUUUAUAGUGUAAUAACUUUAGGCGACCCAUCCCAGGUAUCGAAUCCAUCGAGGUAAUCGCCUCCUUAGUAGGAAACGAUGACUGCUUAAACUGUUUCUAGAAACGACAAUGUAACUAUUAGUAAUAAUUUCACUUAUUGCGCUAUUUAAAAGUGUUACGUCGUCCCGUACUACAACUAACUAUUAGUUUUUAAUCGUGUUAUCACGGUCACUUAAAGUAUUGAUUAAUUUAUGUUAUAUCUAGUCAAAACAGAUUAACUUACUGACUUAAAAAAGCUUAAAAAUUUUUUUAAAAUUUUAUUAUUGUAUUUAUCUGGAUAAUAAUUCUUUUAACUUGUGUCGAGAAUCAUUUUUGACGUAAUCCUGUGUGUCGUGUUACAUUAAUUAUAUUUAUUAUUGCCAUUGUCGAUUACUUUGUUUAGAAUAUAGUUUUAUUAUCUUCUAUUGUUAAACUAGUUUUUAGAAUUUUUUAAGAAUUCUAAUUUAGUGCGUAUGAAAUUAACGGUAAACAAUAAUUUUUGUAU